CAGUUUAGGCAAAACAAAGAAAAAAAACAUACCAUCCUUAUCUAUUAUUAAUGUUCAUUUUUUCCUGACACCUGUGAAAUGAUCAACUUGAAAAUCAUUAUUCUAGUUACUGGUGACAAAAUCAAUAACCAUAUAGUAGCAGUUACAUGCAUUAAGAUGGAAUAUGCUUGAUGUACAGGUACAUGCAUUCAGACACCACAUCUUGCAUUAUAAAUAUGGAUUAAUGUGUUGAUAGCUGUGUAUCCAGUGAGCUGUCAGAGCUGUCCUCCGUCUCCCAGCAGGUGCUGUGGUCGGGACGUGAGAAGGGGUCAUGCCUCUGGUCAAGAGAAACAUUGAGCCUCGACACCUGUGCCAUGCUGCGGUGCCUGACGGGAUUGGCAACGAGCUGGAAUGUGUAACCAACAACACGCUGUCCGCCAUCAUCCGCCAGCUCAGUAGUCUGAGUAAGCAUGCAGAAAAUGUGUUUGGGGAGCUUUUUAAUGAGGCCAACACCUUUUAUGUGCGUGCAAACUCCCUCCAGGACCGUAUCGACCGCUUGGCCAUCAAGGUCACCCAGCUGGACUCCAGCGUGGAGGAGGUCUCUCUUCAGGACAUAAACAUGAGGAAGGCGUUCAAAAGCUCCACUGUCCAGAAUCAGCAGGUUUUGUCCAAAGGCAGCACGCCAAGCUCGGUGGCUGACAUGUACAACAGCAGCGACAGACCUCCUCCCCUCAGUGCCCUCACCGCCUACAGAGAGGACUCCACUGAUGCAAUGAGAUUCUACUCAGACCCAUCGUACUUCUUUGACCUGUGGAAGGAGAAAAUGCUUCAGGACACGGAGGACAAGAGGAAAGAAAGGAGGAGGCAGAGGGAGCAGAAGCGAUGCGUGGAGAGCAGCACCCUUCAGCGUGAGGUGAAGAAGGUGAGAAAGGCUCGAAACCGCAGGCAGGAGUGGAACAUGAUGGCGUUCGACAAAGAGCUCCGUCCAGACCACCACCAUCCGCAGACUCUCCGGCGUGGGGCCUCGUCUGAGGGCUCCCUGUCCCCAGACGCCAGGCCUGACCUCCUAGACUACCCCGUCCCUCCGCUGCCUGCCCACGCUGCUUGUAACUAUGCCAAGUCUCACGAUUACAUCCCUGGGAACGCACACCCCUCACCACCUGUGGAGCAUGAAUACCACAGCAUUGAUGUCAACUACAAGAGAGUGACCUAUGCCACAGCAGAGUUUCAACCCGCAGACCGACUGAACGGUUCAAUACGUCCACCUGCAGAUUACAACUCUCUCCCUCCACCUCCUGUCCCGGGCCCACCUAUCCCGUCAGCACAAACAGCCUUUGGUUUCCCUCUGGGAGCACUACCGUCAACACCACAUAAUGGAGUUUUGCAUGUAGGCCCGGGUUACCCACUCCCACCUGUGCCUCCUCCAGGACCUCGCAUCAUUCCUCCUCCUCCCCCAGGUCCCCCACCUCCACCUCUCCCUCCCCCAGCUGCACCCUCACACCUACCAGGACACAGUGAAGGCAGCAGAGGUGAGACUAAACCUGUAAGAGAUGCGAGAAGUGACCUCCUGUCUGCCAUCCGCAUGGGCAUCCAGCUGAAAAAAGUCCAAGAGCAGCAGGAACAGCAGAGCAAGCGGGAGCCAGUGGGGAACGACGUGGCCACCAUCCUGUCCCGACGUAUAGCUGUGGAGUACAGCGACUCUGAUGAUGACUCUGAGCUGGACGGAGACGAGUGGUCAGACUGACCAAACACAAAGGCAGCAUACGGUGGAGGUUUUGCUUUAUUGGAUCUUUGGUGCAAAUGAGGCAAAAUUGUGAACGACUCUCUUUGGCUCCAUCUAGUGGGCUCUACACACCAGGCCACGGCUUCCAGUGAGCAAUUACCUCAUCUCUGUUUUCAGGAGGAAAAUGUACAAAUGAGCAGUUUAUAUACAGUUCAAAAUCAGAUUAAUUGUAUUAUAAAUAAAUGUUUAGUUUUCUACCACAGGUGAAAUGUGAGCCAUCAGUGAAAUGAAUAGUAACUCUGUAACUGUGUUUCUCCUGCUCCAAGUCAAAAUGUCUGCUGUUAAAAAGGCCUAUUAUUUAUGAAUGAGUGCAGUGUUAGCAAGUAAAACAUAUUCAUUCAUGGACUGACACACUCCUGAUAAUAUUUUUUUGGAUUAAAUGUACACCUCCCUAUAUUAUCUGAGUGAAUAAUUUUAUCAGAUAUUUUGUAACUGCUACCUCAGUUUGUGACAUUUCACUGCCCCACAGUAUGCCUAUCAAGAAAUGAAUUUUUGUUCUGCCAUUAAAUUAUGUGUUGUGAUGUGUCUUUGAAAAUGCUGACAUAUCAAUAAGUUGUU